AUGUCUGUCAAACCAGAACACGAUCAAGCCUCGGCUUGGAACGACGCAUACAUGCGCGAAAUCAGCGCGCGACGCAAGCAAGAGGCAGACCAACUCAACAGAUCCUUCGAAGCCAAGUAUGAGCAUAUUCGAGGCCCUCUGGUUCGUCUCUACGAUCGCAGAGCCGAACUGCACAAGGACUUGCAGAACCUUGUCGCCUCCAUCAAGUCGUACGAGGCAGAGCAAGAACACCUGGGCUUGGAUUGGGAUGCAGCACAUGCGGCUUUGAAUGCUCGAUUUGAGGAAGAGGAUCGCAUGCUUGCAGCUAGGGAGCGCGAGCGCGUCGAAGCAAACGGCCACGGUCGCCCUUCUCCUUCUCACGGCACCAGUGCUCAACAAAGUGGAGGCUGGACCAGUAUCAAUGGCUCGCAGGGCCGCAAGGAUAUCACACGUGAUGGCGAAGAAAUUUCAGGAGGCAACUACCGACAUGCUGAGGAUGGUACCAACGGCAAAACCUUGCCAUACAGAGUCAACGGCAAUGGAUUCGAGAUGGAUGAGUCGGAUCCUAGCCUAGCUGGACGCAGACCACUCAAGCCCAAGCAGCUGCAACAGCAGCCGCCGCAACGACACAGUCUUCCAGGCUUUCACUCAGAAAUCAGCAGAGGUAUGUCACGUCUAAAACCCGAUUUCGGCUCCUGUUUGGUCUUCUCACAUAUUCAAGAUUCCCCCGUCGAUGCCAAGGGCCGGUCGCCGUCCGGCCGAAGGUCUCUGCCAGGCGUUCGAGCUCAUUCUCAAGCUCCGGAACCAGCAAACCCGGCAGAUCUUCGCGAAAUUAACCGCGAAACCCUUGAGCUCAAGAACGACGGCACGGUCUACACUGAACCUCCCAUGUAUGCUGGUGUGCCUCUGCAACGCAUCACGCCAGAGCACGAGUACUGGGAUCCCGAUUGGCUUCCGCUCGAAGAUCACAUCCAGCCUCAGCUCGAUGCAUGGCAGCAGAAACUUGACAAACUUCGACAAGACAAGCUUGCCGUACGCCACACGGUGUUUCUCGCUAACCGACAAGUCAACCGUGGACAAGCCAUUAUCGAUUUCUUGAGAGGCCCAAACCCAGAGUUUCACCCUUAUCAGUAUGUUGGCAAAGAGAUGAUGGCUAAGUUCUACAAGACAUUCAUCAACUAUGAUACCAUGUUUCGAUUGAUCAACGUUCAUGAGGAAUUGAAGAAGUUUGAUUUGGACAUAACCCCUCUGGAGUGGCUCCGCCAGCGAAUGUACGAGGUGGCAACUGCUCAGGGCGACAAGUUCAAUCUCUCCAAGUAUACCCAUGACCUCUAUCACGAUAUCAAGCUCAAGGUUCUCCGCGAGAAGCACGGUUUUGGCAAUAUUGGUCGUCCGUCAGGCUACAAGGUCGGCGAGAAGAAUCCAGAGAAGGGCAAGGCCAAGCUGAAGCGGGAGCAGAUGGGCAUGGGCGGCCGCCGUAAGGGCCGGCGCUCGAUUGGUCAAGUUGAUAUGGAUGAUACGCAAAGUCUAGAUGGAUAUCCUCAGCAGCCUCAGCAAGAGUUUUUGGACCCCUUGACGCCACGCUUGCAGAAGCGCCCGCGAAUCGAAGACUUGCCGCCCAUGCUGCCACACCCACCGCCCAUGCCGUCACAGCAGAUGGUGGCACCGCUGAUGCCGCCUUCCGCCCCUGGACCAGUGGUAGAUGACUUGGAGCAUGAUGGGUGGAGCUCGACUGACUCUUUCUCGGCCGGUACAAUCUCGCACCUUGACUGGCGCAUCCACCAAAUCAAGACUCCUCAGCACCUUACAAACCCCGAGGUCACGCAGUACUGGACUUUCAAGAAGGACAGUAGGAUAUUCGAGCAUCAGAUUCUUCAUGAUAUCAGUUCUGGGGUGGUCUGGGGCAAGUACGAUGAGCGUGUCAACUUUGAUCUCAAGCUUGACGACAUUGUCGAGAUCCAGUACGCAUCAGACAGCCCAAGAAUUGCUGUCCUGCUACGUGGACCCGAGCGCAGUCAUGUCCUAGCUCAAUUCAAGCGUGAGCGGACCAAGAGGCGUUUCCUUGCCUUUUCUCGCAAGCAGGGCGUUAGCCUUGCAAAGACUACUGCUACUCAUCUGGAUGAUACUUGGGCCAGCAUGAAGAGUGAAGAGUUUGUCGCUGAUAAAUAG